AUGGAACCAAGAUACCCAAUCCUCCCCGAAAACCUCCUCCUCAUCUCCCUGAAGAUGUACUUCACCCCAGACCGCACCCUCUCCUACCUAAACGCCCUCCUAAACCCAGAUAACGAGAUCGUCCACCCAGCCAACCGCCAAAAACUCCUCCUAGCCCUAAUCCCUGAUUUCCUAACCAUCCACCCCUGUGCGCAAAUAAUCAAAGCCUACGAAGAUACCCUCCGCACCCAAAACAUCCCCACAACCCCAUCCCCCUUCCUCCUCGGCGCGCAAGACUGUUUCUGGGAGUCCGCAGGCGCAUACACAGGCGAAGUCUCACCGACCUCACUAGCAAGCCUGGGAUGCAAAAUCGUCGAACUGGGCCACGCAGAGCGAAGGGCCAUUUUCAACGAGACAGACGCGCAGACGGCGGCCAAGGCUGCCGCGGCCUGUAGGCACGGCAUGGUGCCGCUUGUUUGUGUUGGGGAGGUUACGGCGCCCGGCGCGGUUGUUUCUGAGGCGGUGGGCAGGGCUGUGGGGGAGUGUGCUGUUCUUGUGCGUGCUGUGCUUGCGGCUGUUCCCGCUGAUGCGCCGGUUAUCUUUGCUUAUGAGCCUGUUUGGGCUAUUGGGCAGCCGAGACCGGCUGGCGUUGAUCACGUUUCUGCUGUUGUUCAGGGGAUUAGGGGAGUUGUUGGGGAGAGGGUUGGGACCGUGCGGGUUCUUUAUGGCGGGAGUGCUGGGCCUGGGCUUUGGAGUGGUGGGGGUUUGGGAACGGCUGUUGAUGGGAUGUUUUUGGGGAGGUUUGCGCAUGAGAUUGGCGGUGUUAGGGAGGUUGUUAGGGAGGUCGAGGAGAGUUUGGGGCUUUGA